GCUUGCAAAGCGCAAACAUAAACAAAGCACGCGCGCUCAGCUAGGCUAGUGUAGACAAAAGAUAUUAAAACAAAACAAAAUUCGUUCAAAAUAAACGAUAAUUUGCGUAGUUGAUACAAUCAUUUUAGCACAUGGUUAUCAGAGUAUAAAAACAACAUUCAUAACGCAUAUCGACGUGAAAUCGUUCGGUUUAUUCAGAGAGUCCUAAGUAAAAAUGGAGCUGUAUAAGUGUGAUAUUUCGACGGUAGAGUUCGACCCGAUGUGCGACAAAGAGAAUCCUCAGAGGAUAUCAUUUGAGGAUGUCUCGGCUGCAGCCUUUCGGAUACAAAGUGGGAUCGUCAAAACGCCAUGCGUGAAAUCCCAUAUGUCGUCCUCCUUCGGUAUGGAUGUGUACCUCAAAAAUGAUUUCCUACAACAUACAGGAAGUUUCAAAGAGCGAGGUGCCCGCAACGCCUUGCUUCUGCUCUCGAAGGAGGUGAAAGAGCGCGGCGUGAUCUCGGCCUCGCUGGGCAACCACUCGCAGGCGAUCAGUUUCCACGCCAACCAGCUGGACAUACCUGCCACCGUGGUCAUGCCCAACGUGGCGCCCAUCAUGAAGAUACAGAAGUGCCGCUCCUACGGCGCCAACGUCAUCAUCCACGGCUACGACAUGAAGGAAGCCAAGUACCACGCUAUGACCUUGGCUAAGGAGAAGGACCUCACUUACAUCAACGGCUACGACCACCCGCACAUCAUGGCAGGACAGGGCACGGUGGGGCUGGAGAUCGUGUCGCAGGUGCCCGGCGUGGACGCCGUGCUGGUGCCCGUCGGCGGCGGCGGGCUGCUGGCCGGCGUCGCCACCGCCAUCAAGCACCUCAAGCCCCAAGUCUUGAUUUAUGGCGUGGAAACUGAAAAAUGUCCCAGUAUGAAGCUGGCGAUAAAAUGUGAAGAGCCAACGAGUGUCGAUAUUCGGUCCACACUGGCAGAUGGUCUGGCGGUGCCCACGGUGGGGUAUAACGCAUACCGCACUGCAAAGGACCUUAUUGAUCGAAUGAUCACAGUAAACGAAGACUGGAUCGCGCGCGCCAUCCUGCGGCUAGUGGAGCAAGAGAAGUACGUGGUGGAGGGCGGCGGCGCCGUCGGCGUGGCCGCCAUCAUGGCCGGCCUGGUGCCCGAGCUCGCCGGGAAGAAAGUGGUGUGCAUCCUCUCCGGUGGUAACAUCGACACGACGAUCCUGGGCCGCUGCCUGGAGCGCGGGCUGGCGGCGGAGCAGCGGCUGGUCAAGUUCAAGGUGACGGUGAGCGACCGGCCCGGCGGCAUCGCGGAGCUGUGCAAGCUCAUCGCCUCCAUCGGCGUGUCCAUCAAGGACAUCAUGCAGGAGCGCGCCUGGGUCUACGGGGACAUCUUCAGCGUCCGGGUGAAAGUGGUGUGCGAGACACGCGGCCCCGAGCACCUGGAGCAGCUGCGCGAGAUGAUCGCCAGCUCCUACCGCGAGUUCUACUUCACGGGCGAGGCCGACUACUACGCGCGCCGCCAGAGCCUCUUCUCGCUCGACGACGUGUCGCAUUAGCAUUAGAUGACCACUGAGCCCCGAUUACGGUAAUUUUUAACGUCUCCAAUCCAGACACGCUUCUCGAUUCUGCGAUACGAUUGGUCGUUUAACAGCGUACGUCAGCUGUUUUGACCAAUCGUAUCGCAGAAUCAGAAGCGCGUCUGGAUUGGAGACGUUAAAAAUUACCGUAAUCGGGGCUCUGAACUGUCCUACCAAACUCAUUGACAGAGGGGCGCCACCAUCGUUCAACUAUACAGUGUACACAUAUUAUUAUUAUGGGGGCAUUUUUGUCGAUAAAAUUGACAUAAUAACAUCACCUUAAAUUAUCGCUAGCCCUAUCCCAAACACACUAUAUAUAGAUUCCAACAUGGAAAAAUCGGACUACAAGGAGAGAACAAGAGAGAAGAAAGAAAUUAUUUAUUUGGGUCAUACGCUCAUGUCCGUCUAAAAACAGCCUUGAUAUUUAUACACUACACGGGGAGAACAAGAGAGGAGAAAGAAAUUGUUUAUUUGGGUCAUACGACAUAAUGCGCUCAUAUCCGUUUAUCAAAACGACAAACGGUUCGGGCACAGGUUCGGGUUUCGAUGGGUAACAUUUAUGCAGAUGAAUCUCGCCACUUGAAAUUAGGUAACAGAUUAAUAUUAUGAAGUAAGUUACAGGGUCGGUGCGCUUAGGGUAGAGCCCACUACUAUUAAAAUAAACUACAUGUAAAAACCUUAUGAUAGUCUAAAUAUUAUACUAUUGAUUAUAUAAAUAUAUACAUACCUACUCACAAUUACUAUUUUACAAUAGUUUUUAAUAAUAAAGAUAGCAUUUUCAGAUUAGAAAACUUUUACAAAUUACGCGAUUGUAGAUAAACGCGUUGAUGUCUUUUAUAUGGCACUACGAAUUAUUAAUGAUUUUUUUGAACAGUGUCAGAAAAAAUAAUAUAUCCUAACAAUGUUUGUUAAGUUAGAUCAACUAGCUUUUUCUAUGUCGAUACAAUACUCGAUGUUAUAAAUAUACAAUUAUAAUAAUAUCUGCUGUGAUAAUAAUAAAAGGUAAUUAAAGAA